GAAUUCAACGUGUUUUUUUACAUUGGCUUUGGAUCAUUCAUCACAUUAUUAUGUAAAAAUUGGAUGGUCAACCGAAAUCAUUCGCUGUAGCCUCAGCAAUUGAAUCACCAAUCACUUAUGGCCUUACAUCAAUCAUUCGAAUCGAAUGAUUUCAUUAUAAUUUAUUCGCGAUUAUUUGAUAAUCCGCGGAUAAUUAUAAUGUCGAGUUAUGAUGAUCGCGAUGACAAACGUAUAUUGGCUUGUAAAUGUUACCUGAAAAUGGCAUCAAAAUAUUAUAAUAUUCGAAUGUUUUCAGGUGAUUUUGGCAAGAAAAAUACUAAUAGAGUGGUGAUUGAUGCAUAUAAUUAUAACUAUGAUGUGUAUUACUCUUAUCUAUUUAAAUGUUACAUAAUGGCCGUAUCCGAAUCAAUCAAUCCAAUAUAACCGAAUUUAUUGAUCUGGUCAAAUUGUUAUGGUGAUGAACCGAUUAUUAAUGAAACAGAUUAUCAAAUAUUCUUACAUAGGAAAUCUUAAUAAACAAACUC